AAAUUUAACUUCCCCCAUGAGGGAGAAAUUGUCAAACUCAAAAUUUAAAAUUUCACAAACAUAAAAUGAACAAUGAACAUUAGUAACAAUACGAAAUAUUUCUCAGAAACACUUCUUUCAACUCUCUGUGGUAUUCUUAUCAUCAAUAGCUGAUAUAAUUAACAGGAAAGUAAGCACAUUUAUUUUUUGUAGGAAUAGUCGAUUUGUUUGAAAAGCUCAGACAAUACAAAUCAAAAUCAGGUGAUAAGAUAUGAGAAACGAUUAAGUAAACAACCGGGUUAAAUUAUUAUAAUAGCAUAAACAGUGAGUUAUGGAUUUUGAAAGAAGUGUGUGUCCUGUUUUGAGAAAUCCUCAUAGUUAUGACCCAGAUACAAUUGAUUUGCAAAAUGAUAUCAAACAAAGAGAAUAUUGGUUAACAUGUCUGGAUCAAAUGAUCAAAAAGUUCAUACCAAAGGCGUCAAUUCUGAAUCCUGAAGAUUUGCAAGCUACCGAAAAGGCUGAAAAAAGUUACCAAACUUUCCAUAUGUUGACUGAAAAACUGAAAGAUAAUCCUAGUUUAUUAAAUCCUCUUAGCGUGAGAACAUUAUUAGAAUUCAAUGAAGAUAAUUUAAGAACAAACAACUUGAAAGAUGCAUGGUGGAUUCAAAAGCAAAAGGAAACUGCUGUAGCCUUCGAUAAAUUUUCUGCUCGUUUGAGGUAUAUAGAUUCCAUAGUGCCAUUCAGGGAUAGGUGGUUGGAGGUGAUAAAGGGUGUUUUAGCUGGAAAUGUUUUCGAUUGGGGAUCAAAAGUGGUUUCUGAUAUGCUGGAAAAAUCACCAAAUUUUGAUCUUUUUGAUGCCAUGAAUACAAUUCAACCUCGUCCCUGGUUCAAAGAUGAUUUUGAAUUAUUUGUUAGUAAAAUAGAGACUUGUCCAUAUAAAAAGGUUGUGAUAUUUGUAGAUAAUGCUGGUAUAGAUUUUGUGUUAGGAAUAUUGCCGUUUGCAAGAGAACUAUUGAAACUUGGCACCAAAGUGAUUCUAGUUGGAAACUCCUUACCUGCUCUAAAUGAUGUGACAUUUAGAGAACUUAAGACAUACUCAAUUGAGGCGUCCCUUCAGUGUAGUAUAUUUAAAAAUGCCCUGAAUGAAAAAAAGUUACAGUGUUUUGAAAAUGGCCAAAAAGGACCAUGUCUUGACUUAUCUAGUUUACCUGAAGAAUUGUGCAAUACCAUGCUUACGACUGAUUGUGUAAUAAUUGAAGGUAUGGGCAGAGCUGUGCAAACCAACUUUUAUGCAACCUUCACUGUUGACUGUCUGAAGUUGGCUGUUCUGAAGAAUGAAUGGCUUGCGAAAAGCCUUGGGGCUUCUCAGUUUUUUGUGAUAUGUGAUUUUCAGAUAGCAACAAACAGUACCUGAUUAGAUAGUAGAUUGAAAUAUUCAUGUUAUUAAUUAAAAUCAGUGCAGUUACAGUUUAUUUAACCUAUUAUAUGUUAACCACUGAUGAUGAAACUCACCAAACAGCUUUUUGAGAACUUGAGGAAACAAUUUGAAUUUUUCAUGAAAUUUUAUACAAAUAUCUACGAGACAUUGCUGUGUGAUACUGAAACAAUGUGAAGUAUGUAGAUUCAAAUCUAUGAGUGGCGUUUUUAAAAUAUUCCUUCAAUAUGCCAUGAUAAUUUCGUCAACAGCAAGUUAUUUUAUUAUUAUACUCUUAAAAUCAUUGUGGAUUCAACAUUAUUGUUUUAUGUUUAUAAUGACAGUGACUUUGUUUCCAUCUCGAUCUUAUUUCACAUUUAACUCUGGAUUAUGUCAAUUAUGUGUGACUUUUAUUCAAUAAAACUUUCUGAAACUUU